GUAAGAGAACUUCCUUAUGUCCCGUCUGUAAGCGUGACUACUGUAGGUCAUUGCAGGUCCACCUGUGUUGAGUGUUAAGAUGUUGCUGUUAUCGAACAGGAUAAAGCUUUGUUCUCUGGCGUUUACCGCCGCGCGUUUGUACAGCAGCGGCCCAGCAGCCGCGAACAAAAACCCGGUGGUUUUUUUUGACAUUGCUGCAGACAACGAGCCGCUCGGCAGAGUUACCUUUGAGCUGAACGCAGAAGUUGUGCCAAAAACCGCAGAAAAUUUCCGAGCACUGUGCACAGGAGAGCAUGGCUUUGGUUACAAGGGGUCAAUUUUCCACAGGGUGAUCCCUCAGUUUAUGUGCCAGGGUGGAGACUUCACUAGCCACAAUGGAACUGGAGGAAAAUCCAUCUAUGGACGGAUGUUUCCAGAUGAGAACUUCACACUGAAGCACACUGGACCAGGUAUCUUGUCUAUGGCCAAUGCCGGACCCAACACCAAUGGAUCGCAGUUCUUCAUCUGCACUGUUAAAACAGAAUGGUUGGAUGGCAAGCAUGUUGUCUUUGGCAGCGUGAAGGAGGGACUGGACGUAGUCAAGAAAAUGGAGUCUUUCGGUUCACGGCUCGGGCGACCCUCCAAGACGAUCACUAUCACAGGCUGUGGAGAGCUCUAGUAGACUCCAUGUGGACGUGGUCACAGUCAUCUCCUGCUGUAAUUUCAAUAGAGAGUGAGAGUGAAAGAGUCUUUCUUCAGUCAUGGAACAGAGUACUACCUCUAUUUCCUGCAAAAAGGUAGAGGCUAACACAGCUGUGUGUUUGCUGUAAAAAUGUGAACUUGAUGCAUAGGCAAUAAUGAAUGAUUCUAUUAUGUUGUAGAAAAUUCCUCAGUAUAGACUUAAACCUCUUUUGGCAAAAGGGGCACUCAUUUGCAAACAAUAAACUUUCCUGAAGAUGUGAA